AUGGAUCAGACUAGGCCACAAGAUGCUAUAACACCAGAUCCUGCACCGCCUACAUUGCCCAUACCACUUGCACUACCCCCACCACCCCCACCACCUGUGCCAAUGCCACUGAAGGAGCUGCCACAACCACCAGCGCUGACGCCAGUGAUGCUGACACCACCGCAACCAUCACCGCCAAUUUUGCCCACAAACAUGACGUCCAAUGAUGGUGCUGAAGCAGCGUCUGAUCUUUAUGCCCUUCAACCAAACCAUGAUGACAUGGAGUUUGAUUCCGAACCUCUAACUUCCGGUUUUCAAAUGCAGCCAGCCCCCGAUGGUCCCGGCGAAAGCAAUCGAGCUGAGCCUGAAGAUGGUCUUGGCCAAAGCAGCGGAGCUGAGCCUGGACAAACCGACACACUGCAACGCUCCACUUCAGAUAGUCUUUUGGGUGGCUCACCAAGUCCCUUAGAGUCAGCUGUAGUAAUUCCAGCACCUCAUGUCGAUGGUGAAGAUCCACUCUGUGGCCUUAGAAAUGUUCCGGAGUUGGAUGUCUUGCACUUGAAAAUAAAGUUUCAGCCUGAUAUCAAACUUUUCGUUGUCAAACAGGAUAUUGCAUACCUAGCUCGCAUCAAGGGCCUUGGAGCAAAAUACCUCUCCACAAUUUCCUCUGCGUCAGAAAUUGAUCACACUCUCUUGGAUGCGCUUAUGAGCUGGCACAUUCGACAUUGUCCAUUCCAGAUACUGCAGGAAAAACACUCAGUGGAAGGCUAUGGAGUCCACAUUGAUCACCUUAUUAUGAUGAUCUUACACAUCAAGUUCAUUCAGACUUCUCAGGCUUCUGAUGAAGAAACAAGUGGCGAGGCUGGCUCCAACCACAAAGACUAUGGAGAACUUGAGGAUGAUGAAGCUGUUGAAGAAGAUGUUAUCAGCCCAGGGUUGGAUUGGGAUGACAUGGAUUUUGCAGAUGGAGACGAAGAUGAAGAAGACAAAAGUGAGAGGGAGCCUGUUUUAUGGCCUGAUGAAGACGAACAUGAUGUGGAGACUUUGACUAGUCUGGAUGCUAUAGAUGAUCAGGCGCCUUACCCCAUCUUUCUGAAUGCCAUUCAGAAGCAACGUGCAGAGAUUCUUAGAGAGUUUUGUGCCAAUCCUGACUCCUCCGAAGAGCAGCUCAUGGAAGUGUAUCAUUUGCUCCUGUUGUCUGUGUUCACAACUCACAGUGACGACAAUCCAAGGCCUCUUCAAUCUCUUGUUGAUUCAUUUAUCAUGUCCACAAGCAUUGAUGUACAGGGUUGUUUUGCGUCACCUCACCUCAUCUCCAGCCAUUUGGCCAAGAUCAUUUAUGGCACACUUUUCUGUCUCUUAACCAAUGUCAUGAAAUCCCUGGAUCCUUACCAAGCAUUUAUGACAACCAUGAAAGCUUGGAUAGAGCCUGGCCAUAUAGGACUGCCUAGACUCCAGUUUACGACAUCAGAUGGACCGGACUUCACAUUUGAUGACAAGUCUCUGUCUGUGACUGCAAUGACACAGAUGUAUCACAGCAUCUAUCAGGAUAUGGUCCGUAUACUAGAACAAGACCUUCUAUUGGGAGCUAGCAAUGCAGAUCUACAGCCUCUUAAGACACCAGAGGAAAUUACUGAUAAGCCUCAUGAACAUGUCCUUGGACGUGGUGUGUUGGUUUCAGAAAUGCAGGCUGCAUGGUGUUUGAUGAAGUUUCUCAUGAGCGACCAAAAGCUUAUGAAGAAGUUCUUUACCAUCAAUCCAAGUGGACAUCCAGUGCCCCGCAAGGGGUUCAAAGAAGAUAUUUCCAACGAAGAUGCAGCCCUCUCUCUUCAGGCAUCGUAUGCCCACCAGCAAUCCUCUUCUAAAAGGACUCUUUCAUCCCUGUGGACCAGUAACCGCCCUGUUGCAGCCUCAAACUCUGACUUGAUGCUUGACCAUAAUCUUCUUGAGGAGAUUCAGAGUAUGCAGGGCGCCUUGGCCCAGCUGACUCGCAUGGUGUCAUCCAUCUACCAAGUAGUCCUUCCAUCAGACAAUGCAAUACCUGCUAACUAG